UGUAAAACGUCACGGCAUAAUUUUCACUUCAUUCAUGCGGUGACCAUCUGUGUAUCGUGGUGCAGUUUUUGUUUCGGUGUAAUUUAAUUUUGUUAAUAAACAGGCGCGAAACGUUCAAUAGAAGAUUUAAAAUAUAAUAUAAAAAAAAAUUAUCGACAAUAGAAAAGUUAUUUUAUUAAUUAUCAACAAUCAUGGCAAUUGAUAAAGGUUUCCUAAAUGUUUUAGUAUUAAGUUUUGGUUUCAUGAUGGUGUUUACGGCCUUUCAAACUAUGAGUAACAUCGAGCAAACUGUCCUAGCAAGUAUAAAAAAGGAUGAUCCUAGUUUCGACGCUGAUGCAUAUACAAGUCUGGCGAUAUUGUAUGCUGUAUUUGCUAUUUGCAACUGGUUAGCACCAUCAUACAUAUCAUUGACAGGUCCUAGAGUCGCCAUAGUAACCGGUUGCUGCUGUUACGUUCUCUUCAUAGCGUCCUUUUUAUGGCCACAUCCGGCAUUUCUCUAUACCGUAUCAGCUGUUCUCGGUGCUGGUGCAGCUUUUAUAUGGACAGGACAUGGCCAAUAUCUUACAGAAAAUAGCGACAAUGAAACAAUGUCGAGAAAUUCCGGUUUGUUUUGGGCGAUAUUUCAAUCAUCACUCUUCAUCGGCAACUUAUUCGUUUAUUUUAUGUUUAGAAAUGAACAUAUUGAACAAUCUGUAAGACAAACUGUAUUUAUAGUGCUCAUUGGUUUAGCAGUAUUUGGUACAAUCAUUUUAUCAUUGUUAAGAAAAGUACCACAAAGAUUUGCUCUUGGAGAAGCUGAAGGUGUGUCCAGUGCUGACAAAGAACUUAAUAUACCUGAACCGGCAAAAGAGAAACCUCUUUUAGCAGCUUGGUAUGCUUUGAGAGACGCAUUUUCUCUGUUUGUUACACCAAGAAUGAUUUUUCUAUCCUUUACAUUCAUUUAUACGGGUCUCCAAUUGACUUUCUUUUCCGGUGUAUAUGCUACUAGUAUAGGUUUCACUAAAGCUAUGGGUGAGUCACGUAAAAGAUUGAUCGGUUUAUCUGGUAUAUUUGUAGGAAUCGGUGAAGUUGUUGGUGGUACGUUGUUUGGUAUUUUUGGAUCUAAAGUAGCAAAUAUUUGUAGUGGUUCACCCGUUGUUAUUAUUGGCUGUAUCACUCAUCUUUUUGCUUUUAUCAGUAUAUUUUUAAAUUUACCUAAUUCAGCGUCCUUCAUUGAUACCGAUGAUAAAGGUUUCAUAGAACCAUCUUCUAUUCUUGCUAUGGCAGGUAGCCUUGCAUUGGGUUUUGGUGAUGCUUGUUACAACACUCAGGUUUAUUCCUUACUCGGUGUUUUAUUCUCGAUUGAAAGUGCAUCGGCAUUUGCAUUGUUUAAAUUUUGUCAAUCGGUAGCUGCAGCAGUCAGUUUUGCUUACAGUAGUAAAAUUGGUUUACAUUUACAAUUAUUUAUAUUACUCGUUUCUAUUAUUAUUGGUACAACUACGUUUGUCAUAGUUGAAAGAAAAGCACGAAAUUCUUUAAAUGAGAAUCAACCUGACAUAGAUCCAGCGAUUAUCGAAGGAGUUAGUGUAGAUGAUUGAAGAAAUUUGAUUUUUAUUAUAGAAAAUAUAUAUUUUCGAUCAAGGUGCAAUUUUUGAAAUGAUCGUUU